GAGAGAGAGAGAAAGAGAGAGAGAGAGACGGAAGGAGGGAGGAAGGGAGGAGGGGUUAGCUUUCCUCUCGGUGUCUCUCUAUCAGUCACUGGGUCACACACGCUCACUUCACGUCCACAUCUCGCCGGACGGGGAAGAAAGGACUAACUUUUUCUUUUGUUUUUUUCCCCCGCCCCAAAACAACAAGAACUGCCCGACAGAAUCGGGACCCAACUUCCCACUUUCCCCAACUUUCCCCACUCACUCACUCACUCACUCACUCACUCACUCACUCACUCACUCACUCACUCACUCACUCACUCUCUCUCUCUCUCUCUCUCUCUCUCUCUCUCUCUCUCUCUCUCUCUCUCUCUCUCUCUCUCUCUCUCCGGGUGUGCGAGGAGGUCUUCUUCUGCCCCCCCCCCCUCCACCUCCUACCACACACCCCCGAGCCCGACCUCCACUUCCACCCCCUCCCUCCAACCGCAUCUCAAGUGCGCAAUGGUGACUUUACGCGCGGGAUUGGACGUCUUCGACUUCUUGUGAUUUCCAAGUUGCAGCGCGAGAGUCUCAUCGCAAAGCGUGCAGGUGAUGUUCAGGAAUUUUCAAGUCGUCCGCAAGUGAGAAGAGGGCGUGUCGGAGUUGUUCAAGCCUCUUAGUUGUGAUGAUGUCUUCCAUGCGAGCAUCGCCUCCCUUUCACACGCCGGCCGAGCAAGAGGAGGCGCUCGGCCACAGCAACCCCAGCGCGGCCUGGCUCAAUGACCACGGCCCCAAAGAGACGCCGUCGCCCUCCCCGCCCGAGCGUCCCCGCUCCGGCGAGCCGCAACCAGCCCGAGAGAAGCGAGCUGACGGCGACACUUGGGACAACGUUGCGUCGGAGGCGAUGGACACGGAGAGCACAAAUCAAGGCUCGUCCGUCGUCUACUCGUAUCGAGCCAACUCUACUUCGCCGCCCAAGCCGGAGGAGUCUUCCCGGGAUCGCGGCGAGCAGACGGCGAUGGGGGCGGGCUUGGCCUUGGGCACGCCGGAACGCCGCAAGGGGAGCCUGGCGGACGUGGUGGACACGCUGAAGCAGAAGAAACUAGUGGAACUGACCAAGACGGAACAAGACGAGCCGGCGUGCAUGGAGAGUCUCCUCUCCAAGGACUGGAAGGAGCGCGUGGACUGCCUCGACGCCACCGAGCUGCUGGGCGACGUCAAAGGGACGGCGGAGUCUCUGGAGGAGAAGGAGCACCAACUGUCCACCAUGAUCAGCCAGCUGAUCAGCCUUAGGGAGCAGCUCCUCUGCGCCCAUGAUGAGCAGAAAAAGAUGGCCGCCUCGCAGCUGGAAAAGCAGCGGCAGCAGAUGGAGCUCGCCCGGCAACAGCAGGAACAGAUUGCCCGACAACAGCAGCAGCUUCUGCAGCAACAACACAAGAUCAACAUUCUCCAACAGCAGAUUCAGGUCCAAGGUCACAUGCCUCCCCUCAUGAUCCCCGUGUUCCCUCACGACCAGAGAUCUUUGGCGGCCGCCGCAGCCGCCGCACAGCAAGGCUUCCUCUUCCCACCGGGCAUGUCGUACAAGCCAGGUGACAAUUACCCCAUGCAGUUCAUUCCUUCGACAAUGGCGGCAGCGGCAGCGUCCGGGCUCAGUCCACUUCAGCUGCAGCAGCUGUACGCCGCCCAGCUGGCGAGUAUGCAGAUCUCGCCGGGGGCCAAGAUGGCGGCCGUCCCGCCAGGGGCGUCCAACGCUUCCGGUCCGCUGUCGCCCUCCGCCCUCAAGAGUGAGAAGCGAGCGUCGAGUCCCCUUGUGAAGGUCAAGUUGGAAGAAGGCUCUACGCAGCCGCUCAACCUGUCAGCCCGGCCCAAGACAUCGCCCGCGUCGCCGACGGCUCAAACGCUGUUCUCCGGUAACAAGAGCAGCCCCACCGGAGCCACCAAGGCCCGCAUCCCCAGUCCGGUCUCCGUCAUGGGCCACAAUACAUCCCUGGACAUCCUCUCCAGCCUGAACUCCACGGCUCUAUUCGGGGACCAGGACUCCGUGAUGAAGGCCAUCCAGGAGGCCAGGAGCAUGAGGGAGCAGAUCCAGAGGGAGCAGCUCCACCACCCGCAGGGACCUCCUCCUCCAGCGCCUCCACCGCCACCACCUCAUCAUCAUCACCAUCAUCCUGCACCACUUGGACACCAAAGUCUGGAGGCUAAACUGUCAGCGUUGAGCAGCAUGAACCUCAACAAUGGCAACAAGGAGCGUCUGCACUACGAAACGCUGAGUCACCACCUGGGCAAGCUUGGUGAGGAUGCUGGGAAGAUGGUGCACCGAGUCAUCGACCUGACCAGACCGGAGGAUCUGGACGGAAGCAACAUCGCGGAGGCUCGCGUGUUCCGAGAGGCGCGCGGAAGGAGUAACAAUGAGCCCCACAUCAAGAGACCCAUGAACGCGUUCAUGGUUUGGGCCAAGGACGAGCGCAGAAAGAUCUUACAGACCUUCCCGGACAUGCACAACUCCAACAUCAGCAAGAUCCUCGGUUCCCGCUGGAAGGCGAUGACCAACCAGGAGAAGCAGCCGUACUACGAGGAGCAGGCUCGCCUCAGCAAGAUCCACCUGGAGAAGUACCCCAACUACAAGUACAAGCCGCGGCCCAAGAGGACCUGCAUUAUUGACGGCAAGAAGCUACGCAUCGGAGAGUACAAACAGAUGAUGCGCUCGCGCCGUCAGGAGAUGCGGCAGUUCUUUGUCGGGCCUCAGGCUCCCCUUCCCCUGGGCAAUAACGCGGGCGGCAUGGACGUUUACCCGGGCGCCAUCGCCAUGUCGACGGGCGCCACCUCCUCACCCCACCUGACCUCGGACUGCUCCAGCAACUCGGCAAGCCCCGAGCCGACCGCACCCGUCAUCCAGAGCCCGUACGCCGUUGUCAAGGCCGAGUCCGCCCUGGACGUGCCCGGCCACCCCGCCAACGGCGACGACGACACGGACAUGUACGAUGACUACGAGGACGAGCCCAAGUCGGACUACAGCAGCGAGCACGAGACGCGGCAGGAUAUCAGUGCCAACUGAGUGCGCUCGCAAAAAAAAAAAUGCUCAAAUGACUAUUGGGAGGACAACUUUUAACGACAAAGGGCCGGAACCUGCAACAAUCCCGGCAUUACAUUUUUUAUUUUAUUUUAUUUUUUGGGCACCCAGCAUGCAUGGAUUCUUCAGCAGCUAUUUGGUCUUAAGUGUUUUAAAAGGAGUGAGCUUGUUUCAUUUUUAUUUUUUUGAUUACCUUGAUGUUUUUAUGACUUUUUUUUUCUGAUUAGAUUUUCGCUGGACUGGCGACUCGCUCACUGCCUGUACAAAAACUCUGGACUGGCACAACUUGAAAUUUGAGUUUUAAUGUUAAAAAAAUAAUAAUAAUCCUAGCUCUUAUAAUCUUAUAGUCUUACAUUCAUAUCUCAAACAAACACAGCACAUCAAAUGAAUUAUUAUUAUUAUUAUUAUUAUUAAUAUAAUUAGUAUGCUUUCACAACAUUAUUAUAUCUAUAACCCAGCUCAGGUAUGAUGUUCCAGCUUGUGAAUGUGUUUUGUUUCGUACGAUGAGAGCGGGAGCAAAUCCCGUCCGACGCGAUAUUAGUUCUUCUUGAUCUUGCUACAGAUUUUUCACAAAAUGUGCCAAAUCUACAUUCACAUUCACUCGGUAUGCUGUAGUCUUAACUUUCACAAACGCUGAAGAAAAAAAGUCUUAACACGUUUAAGCUUCUCAGCACCAAUCUCGUGAACCACAUUGCCCCGGAAUUCCUUGAGGCCAAACGCCAUUUUGUCAACACUUACAAUUCAUUCAGCUCGAUGGCGCUACUGUAGGAUGAGAAAGUUUCUCAUCACUGUAUUUUCUUUAAAGUGUUUUUUUUUUUGUGGGUGGAAAAAAAUGUAUUAUUUUGGCUGGUGGACAUCUGAAAUGUUUCAGCCUAGGGUAGUUGAAAAAAAAUUGUACUCCGUUCUCGCCUGUUUAUUUUAUUAUUUUCUUUAAUGGUACUUUUUCUACCUGGCAUGUACAUUUGGAAGUAAUUUAUUAAGGUAAGCAAUUGAGGGAAAGCAGUUGCUCAGUUUCUGUUUUAAGGCCAUGACCAUAUUGAUGUUCAUUUUCUGCUGAACUUUUGGGAGAAAAAAAAAAUCAAGCCCUGUAAGGCCAUGUCAACCAAUCAGAAGCUUGAAGAAAGUCAUUACAGGGAAAGGCGCAAUAACAACAAAGAUGCUGAUUUUUAACAAAACAAAAA